GCAGAGCAUGGAAAGGCCACGCAUCAUAGGCAACCAGAAUUAAUUUUAUAUUGGCAACAUCUUCUCUCUCUGAGUGCCGAUAUGCUCUGCAGCUCUUCUUCUGCGACGCUUUCCAAGAAUCAUGGGCCCUCUUGAGUCGAGCUCAGCACUUCAGUCUGCCUCUCCGACCAGUUCUGGCCGGGCCUCUCCCAUUUCCCGGAAAUGGACUGCCGGUAUAGUUCCUUCUACAACUUCAACGUCUCGAUAGAAUUCAGCAUUUUUGCUGAUACAAAUCCCAGAUGAUACCCCGAGUAAAGACAAAAACUACCGCAGAUAUGCCUCGGGCGUGGAACGAGCGCUCUCUCUCUUCGAUACCAACUUGCAGGAAUGGGCCGACUACAUAUCCUUUCUAGGAAGGCUGCUGAAAGUUGGUGAAAUCCAAACUUCUCCUAUAAGAAAGCCACUAAUGUUGUCGCAUAGUCACUGCAAGCACGGCCAACCUCGAUCAGCGCUGUCCCGUCCAAGGCAAUUAUCGCAAAACGUCUGGCGCAAUGCCUGAACCCCUCCCUCCCCUCCGGUGUACACCAGAAAGCAAUAGAAGUCUACGCAUAUAUAUUUUCGAUGAUAGGUAAAGAUGGGCUCUCAAGGGAUCUUCCCCUCUACCUCCCGGGUCUAGCUUCGACGCUUUCAUUCGCGUCCCUCUCGGUACGAACGCCUUUCCUUGACCUUCUGGAGAAUUACCUUAUAGACCUUGAUGUGCAAUCCUUGCGACCUGCCCUAAAAGCAAUCAUACUUUCAGUCUUACCUGGCCUUGAAGAGGAGACAAGCGAGGAAUUUGAAAGGACAUUGAAGUUAUUGGAUGGCUUUAAGCACUCCGUGAGAUCAAAAGAUGGUGAUGAUCUCGGAGGAAGCCAUAAUAGUGCCGACGAAUAUUUUUGGCAGUGUUUCUUCUUGGCCGCGAUUACAAGCAAUACUCGCCGUCUUGGGGCUCUGGCAUAUCUGAUUCGAAAUCUUCCAAAACUUGGACAACCUCUACCAACGGGGAUCAACAAUGGAUCGUCAGAGGAUAUCUCGGCCACGACAUCGGAAAAGUUGACAAACUUGGUCACCUCCCCCGAGCCUGGUCUUCUCUUGCGGUGCUUUGCUGCAGGACUAGCCGACGAACAGCUGCUAAUUCAGCGUGGAUUUCUUGAUCUUCUCGUGACCCAUCUGCCACUCCACUCUCGGGUCUUGCAAAAGCGAGUCAAAAGGGAAGAUCUUGAACUCCUAGUUACAGCUGCCGCUGGUGUUGUUGCUCGAAGAGACAUGAGUCUGAACAGACGUCUAUGGACUUGGUUACUUGGUCCUGAACCUGUAAACGCGGAUGGAGAAGUGGGACUCGAAUCUCCUUCGUCCGUGGCUGCGGAUCAACUAAGCACCCAGGCGUCCUCGAGGACCCAAUACUUCGAGGAGUAUGGCUUGCAGCCGCUUACUGAAGCAUUGUUGAAAUUGAUAACUCGUGAAAGUACCAACCCUACAGAGAGAGCCAAACCGUUUCGAAUAUGUCUUUCCCUGAUGGAUAGGUGGGAAAUCGGCGGUCUUGUUGUGCCAGAUAUAUUUUUGCCUGUGGUUGAUAGUGUUCGCAAAUACAAGGAUCAAGCUGGAAGCAAAGCCGACUUUUCUGAAGUCCUUCGCAGUGCCAGCGUAUUCUUCGAUGGUGUAGAGAGCGGUUUGAUCUGGGCCGAGAUGGUUGGUCUGAUUGCAAAGGCAAUUGGAUCAGGGAAAGCAACUGCCGCUGAGAGAAUUGACAAGCUCUCACUUGUCAAUUUUAUGAUCGCCCACUUUAAUGUACGAGAAGAAGAGAUGGUGGUGAUACACGCCCCUUUGACCAUUCUUACUAUUUUGACCAUGAUGAAGGAUAUCAAGGAAAGAACAGGAAAGAAACAUACCAUUCCAGAGGAGGUUUUCAAGCUAGCUUUAAGCACUGCGAUGGAACUCGUGGAACUCAUCCCUGACCGAGCUUUUCAGACUCGACCGUCAACUAGCCAAUCGUCGGUUCCCACAAACACGGACGCUGGAAUUUGUCACAAAUCUGCUACGGAAAUACUGGAAAUUAUGAAGACAUUUUAUGUUGAGGAUCAAGGAAAUCUCGAUGCUGUCCCACCUCCGUUCUCUCCAAGUAGUAUGAGCCAGCUCCUGAUGAGAGAAGUGGGGGUUAUUACAAGUCAAAGUCUUUCGGAUCUAGUAUCAAGUGCUGAUGCUGGCACGAAGACCAAGCUGUUUGUGAUGAUGUUGAAGAAAAUUCCCAAAACAGAAAGCCUAGAUGUUGCGAAUAUACUCUCAUCUAUGCAUAGUAGAAUGGCAGACCCUACUCCAAUCCCGUUUGUAACUUUCACGUCGAUCGUGUCCCUUGCAACGAAUCUUUUCUCAUCCGCAUACUUAUCAGAACAAGAGCUAUCUGAUCUGAUAGACCCGUUGGUGCGCUUGGCCUGGUCUUACCUCUCGGCAGCACAACCCAAGUAUCAUGUUGAGACGGUCCGCUGUCUCUGGCAGCUUCAAAAAAGCUUGUCGUUAUCUAAUCGAGAGGUGGAAUCGACCAUUUGCUCACUGAUACUACAGCAUGAUAUCAAAGGCACUUUUGCUAUUCGGGAUGCAGAUCCUGGACGUAGCUUUAGUGUCCUCUGGACACACACACUUCAAGACAACGCAGGUCUCAUGGAAAGAAGAUCUUCCAAACUCACUGCCAAUGAAACGCAAGGAGCGAAUCGUGUGUCUGGUCCCGCACAUUAUCAGGUUAUGCUUUCGCGGCCUCUUUUCUUAUUCUUAGAUGCGCUCUUGGACGAGCGUACACAAUUAUUCAUGACAGUGAGAACGUGGCUACACAGUCUUGUUGGCAUUAAUAAGUUAGUAUUAGGAGACUUCUUCCUUUGUGUGGGCUUCUCUAAUGAUUGCAGACUUUUCAAUCUACUUGUGUCAAAAUUUGCCGAAUUCAAAUUUCUGCAGGCUGCACCUGUGGGUAAGCCUAGUUCCGCAGAAGAUAAUUUGACACCGUACAGCCCGGAAGAUGAUCUGGAUCAAUGUUUAUACUAUCUCCAAACUCUCUCAAACGUUUUACGCUGGUCAUCAGAUGGCAUGUGGGCUGCUCUCGCAGAGAAUACCAUUGCUCAAAAUGAAAGCGACCAUUUCCUUAGCAGAAUAAGUACGUUCAUAAUUUGUAUCCUACGGGCUUAUACUAACGUCUUCAGCUGGUCAUGAUAAUGAAGUCUCUCUUCUCGAAUUUUUCUUGCACAUUUGUUUAAGAGCUAUUGCAGGAAGUCAGCACACCAAGAGAACCGAGUUGCAAGUUAGAAUGAGCCAAUUCCAUAGGACUGCACUUACGACGCUGCAUCAAAUACUAUUAAGCCCUUACUCCAUACAAUUUGCUGGUCUGAAACUGGAGGAUCCUCUCAUUGAACGUUUGAGCCUGUCGCUUGGUGGACCUGAUCCCUUCAUCCAGGUCUUGUUGCUAGAUGUGGUGUAUGAUUCGCUUAGGAUCCGCAAUGCUGCAGCAGCCGCCAUGGAACCAGAACCUUCCACGACAGAGCUCAAGCGUCCAAAUACCCAGGAGAGUUCACAAAUCGCGAUGCCUUCCUCGGCAGUAGAUCGCGUCGAUUUAGGCCCAUUCGUGAGACACCCUCCACCACCCGCAAAGCUGAUGAAGUGCCUACAAGCAGGGUUUGCUUCGCCAAGCAGUAGACAAGUGCUCGAUAGUUGGGUCAGCUUCCUCACAGAAUGCCUUCCCUUCUAUUCAGGGAAUAUUUUUCAGAUUCUUAUACCUCUUGUCGAAACACUAUGUACCCAAAUAGGAGGAACAUUCAAAAGCUUGCAAGAAACUUUCAAGGACUCGGACCUUCAUGCGGGAGGCGUGGCCCCCGAGUCCACUUUGAUAUCGUUGCUUAAUGGACUCGAGCAAGUUCUUGCCAGAGGACAUGACAAACUACUUCAAGACGAGUCGAAAACUCCAGUUGUCAACAGUACAGAACAAACUCAAGGCUUCUUUGGCAACAUGGUUUCUAAUGUCUUUACAUCCGACGCUCCUCAGUCGAGAAGUGUCACUGCAAACAAUCGUCUUACAGUUUUGUUAUCCUUCCAGGAUGCUGUAAGAAUUUGUUUCCUCAUAUGGUCUUGGGGUGGAAAAGAAGCCACUGCCCAGGAUCCUCAAUCCGCUGCUUCAUUCAAUUAUACAUCCUUACGUAUGAGGAAUCGCGCUCGCAGACUUCUUGAACACCUGUUUGCAGCGGAAGCACUAGAGUGCUUAGAGACUGUUGUGGAGAUAUGGCAGAAGUCUCAACAAGAGAAAGCUGCGAAACCUACUAUUGUCUUCAACCUGCUCCACGUACUGGACGGCUCGAGUCCGAAGCACACAAUCCCGGCUAUCUUCAAUGCCAUCUAUAGUCGCACAAAUCCUUCUGCACUAGACCCUUCACGGAAAUCUACAAUGACUUCGUCGCUCAAUGACACAGACCUGGUAGUCUUCUUGGUUGAAUAUGCUCGUUCUUUGGAAGAUGAUACCAUGGAUGAGAUCUGGACUGAUUGCAUGACCUUCUUGAAAGACUUGUUGACCAAUCCCUUCCCUCAUAGGCAGACUUUACCAAGCUUAUUAGAGUUUGCCGCAAUCUUGGGGGAGAAAGUUGACAAUACUAAUUUUGGGGAGCAGCGCAAGAUGCGUAGAGAGCUGGGUGUAAGUUAGUAGUUACCGUAUAUGUUUCACAUUUACUAACAUGUGCAGGACAUAUUCCUUCGAUUACUGACUGCUAUAUUCACAACGAGACCAAUGGGAUUUCUAGAAGUUACAACUGAUACCGAAGAACGUUCUCUAUCGAGUACCGUAACUGGAUUAUCAAGACCUGAUGAUGUCGUGGGGAUUCUUGCGUCGAUUGCUCCAAAUCUACCCAAGAUCCUCGUCGAAUCCGACCGUGUUCUUUCUGCGUCAAACACAAUCUCGAAUAGUGUCAUUGGGCCAACAUUCAAAUCUAAAUCAUUUCCAGACAACGUUUCCAAAAGAACUCUCGAGUUGCUCUAUCAACUGAGUAGAUUGGCUAAUAACCAAAAGGCAUGGAAAAAGGAUCUCGGUGAUGCUUUCAAUGACCCAAGGUUCUUUUCAAGCCCUGUCGCACUUGUUGAAAGUGACUGGCUUCCGUUGUUGAAGCAAUGGACCAUGAGUGAUAAAGAACGUAUGCCAGAAAUACUUUCUCGAAUUGUUCCUCCGGCUACCGCUGGUAUCGUCUUUGGUGUCGGCGCAACAUCCGCUAGACUUGAAGCUGACCGAAAAACGCAACUAAAUCUGCGCCGGGCCGCUACACUCAUCCUCGCAGGACUAGAUGAUAGCUUUAUUGGGGAUCUGACACUGAUGCAGGAGAAGAUAGUUGAGCUGCUACCGGCAACUACGACUUCCUCGCCCUCUUCAACCACAAGGGCGGAUAUUUACCUUUUGCUUCGUGCGUUGGUUUUGAAGACCUCAACCAUCCAUCUUGCGCAACUUUGGCCGAUCAUCAACGCAGAGCUACACACAGCCAUAUCCUCCAUCGUAGCACCCGAUCACAGCGCCCUAUCCGAAACAUACACCAACACAUCCAUCCUCCAAGCUUGUAAACUUCUCGAUACACUGAUAUGCGUCGCUCCCGACGAUUUCCAACUCCACGAAUGGCUUUUCAUAACCGAUACCAUCGAUGCCAUCUACCGCAGCUCCACCUUCCCUCCUACCGCUCUCGCGGACGAGCUCUCGGAGGAAUUGGGCUCCCAUGCUGCGCCUAUAUCUGCGAUGCAGGAAACUUCUACGAUGCAGGCUAGUCAGAGUAAGAUGAGGAAACAGCUUAUUGGUCCGGGGGGCAUUAGUGAUGUGGGGAAUUGGGAGAGGAAGGAUGAGUUGGUGGCCAAGGUGCUUAGACCGUUCUUUGGACAGCUUAGUAUAUAUGCUUUUGAGAGCACGUAUGUGAUGGGGGUGGCGGACUUGGAGGGGUGUAGGAAGAGUCUGUUGGGGGAUCUUUUUGAUGAUGGGACGGUUGUUAAGGCGUUGUGA